CUUCAGACACACCGACAUGCACCAAAGUGGAGGCUGAGACACAACUUGGACUGAGUGGAGUAAAAACUCGCAGACAGCCAGUCCCUUGGCGAUGCUUAUCCGACACCACGCUAGAUAUUGAUCACCGACCACCAAGGACUGAUCGCCCCGCCAGCAGAGCUCGCAGUGCCGCUGAGGAACCAGAGCAGCGUGCCCCCCUCUCUGAGCUUCAGUAAGAAGACGCAAAAAUGUCAGAGAGGAGAGGUCAGAAGAAGUCCAUCUUUCUGUCCUCAUUAUUGGUGUGCUGUAUGUUUGCUAGUGCGGAGUAUUCCAGCUGUGGAGAGUACGAAUUCUUCAAUCAGACCAGUAACAGUUGCCAGGCCUGCCCUCAGUGCCAGCCAGGACAAGAGCCGCAUAUGACCUGUGGCUACGGUGUGAAGGAUGAGGACUUUGCCUGUGUGUCGUGCCCACAGGGGAAAUAUUCUAAAGGGAAGUAUGAAAUCUGCAGACGGCAUAAAGACUGUGACGCCCUCUACAAAGCCACUGUUCGCGCAGCGGGAACUCCGGACAGCGACGCUGAGUGUGGACCCUGUUUACCAGGGUAUUACAUGCUGGAAAACAGACCCAGGAACCUCUAUGGGAUGGUUUGCCACUCCUGCCAGAACGCACCACGCAACACCAAAGAAUGCAUGUCAACCAGCGGGCCAAGAGAAAAACCUGUAAUUGACCCUGGCAGCACUACUGUUUUCCCUCAUCCACAUAAAGAUUCCACAGGACAAGGUCACCUAGCAACGGCUCUCAUUAUCGCCAUGUCAACCAUUUUCAUCAUGGCCAUAGCCAUCGUCCUCAUCAUCAUGUUUUACAUCUUGAAGGCCAAACCGAGUGGCCAGGCAUGUUGUUCCGGACAAGUUGUGAAGGCAGUGGAAGCUCAGACCAACAAACAGGAAGACAAGAAAGAUAUCCCUGACAAUGUGGUGAUCUACUCCGAGAAAGAUGAGUUUGACAAACUGAAAGCGGCUCCUCAGAAGACAGUGAAAAGUGAAAAUGAUGCAUCAUCAGAGAACGAGCAGCUGUUGAGCCGUAGUAUUGACAGCGACGAGGAGGCAGCGUCUGACAAGCAAGGAACAGCCGAGACCAACAACCCCAACCUGUGCCUCGUCAAUCUGGGAAACAAGCCCGACCUCUGCCUGCUCUCUCGGGGCCUUUUGGAGCGAGACCGGGCCUGCAACGGGGCCUCAACCUUUGCAGCGGGACAGGCCAAUAACAUGCCGAGUCCCAACCAUAUCGGCAAUGUCAACCACAUCACCAGCACCAACCACAUCAGCAGUGUGAACGCAAUCAACAACAACAAUAAAACCCCGGGGAUGCUACAGAGUCGAAGGAAAAAGAUCCUGGAUCUAUAUGGCAGAGCCUGCAACGUGACAGAGGGCCUGAGCCCCACAGAGCUUCCUUUCGACUGUCUGGAGAAGGCCAGCCGCAUGCUGAGCUCCUCCUACAGCAGCGAGGCGGCAGUGGUGAAGACGUGGAGGCAUCUGGCCGAGAGCUUCGGGCUAAAGCGUGAUGAGAUUGGUGGCAUGAGCGACGGCCUGCAGCUCUUUGAGAGAGUGAGCACGGCGGGCUACAGCAUCCCCGACCUCCUGACCCGCCUGGUACAGAUCGAGAGGCUGGACGCGGUGGAGUCGCUCUGCUCGGACGUGCUGGGCAGCAGUGAGAUGGCGGCGGCUGCCGGACGGCAGGGCAACAGCAGUUUUCACAGCCAGUUGGUCUGUCCAUCCCCAUGCCCAUCUCCAUCCCAGCGCUGCGCCAGUGUCUAAAUAUGUGGUGGAGCAGAGACUUGGAUGCCUUACAGUAUACAUGGUUGUAGGGACAGAUACUGCUCUGACAAGGAGGACAGCACAUAUACAGUAUACACCUUACCCCAUAUCACAUGAAGAAUGUCAGUGGAAUUUUGUCAGUCCAAUCAGAAUGGCUGUUCAAUUCGAAUAGUCAAAAAUGUGUUCCUUUUUUCAGGUAUUCAGUAUAAAGCAACGCUCUAUUUUUGAACGGAGUUGGGCAGGACGUUCAGGGUGACAAAGAUGUUCAUGUAAUAAAGUAAACAAGCCAGGUUAGCUUCCGAGCUAAUGCGGGCUAACUACUGUAGCCGAGGGUAAUAAAAUAACACAGAGGCUCCUUAAUUUAAACCAGUGUGAACCAAGACGGCCAACAUUUUUAACUCAAAUAUUGAUAACAGCAGUCCAUAAUGCCACAGUUUAACAUCUUCCGUUUUUACCCCUGAAUUCACUUAGAGCAAAAGGGAACUCAAUAAAAUAGCUUACACGAGCACUGACUCUGACUGACAAAAAAAAAAAAAAAAAACUGCUUGAAUUGAAGAAUCUCAGUCGACUGAGGGCUCACAGACUGAUGAUUUGAAUAUUCGACUUUCAGGGGGCAGCCCAAGUCAUCUGGUACACUUUCUUUGGCCUUAUGUUCUGUCUUUUUUAAAGUGCUACAGAGUAUGAGAAAGACAAAAAUCAAAGACCAAAGAUUUAGAUUACUCACUGGUUUGCUACUUCAUAUAUUUUUUCCUCUGCAAUAAUAUAAUAAUCAGAAUUAGUUUAUAUUUUAUUUUAUUUUCGUCUUUUUUCAAAUGCUAAGGAAUUUUAGCAAAUAAAUAGCUAGAUUAACUGUGCGCUGGACGCAAGUGUUUUUUUCCCAAAGGUUUUGGCACAAUCCCUUUGUGAUGUCUGUGGGGUGCUGAUGGAGUCGUCACUGAGGAGUUUCACUGGGCCAGUUAUGGGUCUUUCUCGUAGGCACACCAGUGCAUUAUAAGUGGGAUGAAUGAGGAUGCCUUCUAAGUUGUCCUCUCACUGAACCUUCUUUUCAGGCCCAAAAUCUUCUGCUUAAUAACGCAGCUGAUGUUUGUAUCCGUACUAAGAAAGCAACCUCGUUUGACCGCAGCAUCAGUAAACAUUCAUAUAUGUGUGCCAUCGACUGUGCUGUCAUCAUACAGGAAAGACAGCAGAUAUAAGCUCCUUACUUAAAAUGCAUUUAUUAUGCCCAGCUGGAAAUGCAAAAACAUCACUCAGAUCAGCUUUCAUCUGGUAAACAUUGCUUGACAACACUAGCAUACACAGUAGUCAGUAGUCAACAUUACAUAACAGUAUUUUCUAAAGAUAUUAUGUUGGCAUUUUCAACGUAAUGCUUAAAAUUGUUUUGUUUUUAUGUCAAUUUCAGGUUGAUUCUGUGAUGUUGUUUCCUUUACAACACCAAGUCAGCUUUAUUAAUUGAUUACCAUAGGUGUGUUAAGUUUGAAAUUAAUUUAUAUUUAAACAAACCAAAAUGCAUGUAAUAAUUUAGAAUCAGAAAACUGUACAUUAUGCAUUGUUACAUGCAGUUUGGGCUUGACAAAGAAAUUAAGACCUAAAAUUGCCUAAAUUCACACCAAAUCCACUUUCCCCAACUUUAACACACACACACUCUCUCCCUCACACUCAUACUCACACAUAGACCAGCAUACUCUCUUACAGCAACUACUUCCUCAGCAGUGACCCAGUUUGUGACCCCGUGCAUAAUUCUUCCUCCCCCUCCCUUUUUCCCAUUUUAUCCCAAUUCUGCGGUCUAGUGCUGCCGCCAGCCCUAAUUAUUUGGCGUGUGGCUUACCGGGCCCCUAAUAGGCUGAAGUGUUGUGGUUUACAGAGCGGGUGCAAAGUGCCUGUGAUUUCCAGCACCCAAUUAAGCAUUUAGGGCCACUUAACCACUGAAAGCCCAGUGGAAAAGCUGUAAAAACUGCAUUAAAAAGAGAGAUGCCACGGCAGACGCAUGACUAACUGCCCCUGGGGUUGCUGCACUGUGAACGGUGUAAGAAUGCAGCCGGUCAUGGUGGAAGCAACGCUACGGUCAUCCCAUAACAUCUGACCUUACUCAGCUUUUGUGGUCGGCUCAGUCAUGCUCAGACAGGAUUUAAGCUCCCCGCUCCCCUAUGGGAGCAAUAUGGCAAAUGAGAACAAUAUGUAGUUGUGUGUGUUGUUCACCUCUGAAAAGCAGCUGAAGCUGGUUAAUUGUUGUAUGUACAGAGACUGAGGGUGGCUCCAGUAGGCAUCAAGUUAAACUUCACGUCACGUUAAUGCUCCAUUAUUGUGAUGAUGUUAAAGCUAUGGUGCGUAGUUUCCGUCGCCCCCAGGAGGAAUUAUAAGUAAUAUUAACACUGUCGGCACAUCCACAUGAUAGAAGCCCUCCGUGAUCGCGCACAGCCCCCACCCCUCCUCGAUGCAGUUGCUAGUAGCCAAGGAGGACACGGAGGAUUAAAAAUAAACAUGAUGGACUCUUCAGAAGAGGUCAUUAUCUUCACUCGAGUUUCUGCGCGGGAAAGUCACCGGGCGACCCAAUCUGAACAUAGCCAUACUGAGAAAUACAGACAGAGUUGUGUGGAGUUGAUAGUCUGAAUUAGCUUUAUAGCGACUCAUUUGGCAAUGGCUUGAAUGUAACGGAUGUUUAUUAAUAUCAAAAAGUUACGCACUAAAGCUUCAGCAGGUAAGAUGCUCUACAGGUCAUCGUCGUGCUUUCUCUAGCAGUUAGAGUAGCUUCAGAACUCAGCAGUAAGCUCCAAGGUUCAACUGUAACAAGCAGUGCCAAGGCUUACUUUGAUCUCAUUUCUCGGGAAUACAGCUGAUCUCUAUCUGAAGUCUGAUGUUGUCAGCAUAAUGUCCCAUGACUGCUCUGCACAAUAUCAAACGCAUCACCCACUGCCAAGCUCUUUUUCUAAUGCUUGUUUGUGUUUCUGGGGCUGGACUCCAGUACUUUAAAUUAAUUAAUGUGCAUGUUUAUCAAGCAUGUAUUCCAAAUUGUUUUCUUUAAUAUCUCCUGUCAAGGCAAAUGAAAAGCUCACAUUUAAAUGUACUGCAUUCUUAGAGCAGGGUGGUCCUCGUCAAAUCCAAUUCAAUUCAAAACAUGUUUAAGUAGUUAUUUUUUAUUGUUUUAUUUUAUUUGCUUUAUACUUUUGUAAAUAAUGUAAUUGGUGGAUUGAAUUGAAAUGCACCCACACGCUGGUUUCAGACAAGUAAAAUCUUGUCUGACAUAUAUUAUGCUGUAAGGAUGAUAUACAGGAGCCAAACAUGGAUUACUUACCUCAGUAGCACAUACAGUAUAGUAGAAUGUGUAGAAACACACACAAACUCAUCACAGAACCAAAGUAUAACUGUAUAUAUAACUUAUUAUUGUACAUAUUGUAUACAUUAAUAAAGAUGUAUGGCAAAAUUG